AUGGGACCACAAGCGAAACGGCGAAAGACGAGCAAAGUCGAAGAAAUCACCUUCGAUCAUUCUGCCCGCCAUGAAUUUCUCACAGGUUUUCGCAAGCGAAAACAACAACGAAUUAAACAUGCGCAGGAAGUUGCAGAGCAGAAGGCUCGAGAGAUGAAGAGAGAAGAUCGGAAACGAAUUCGGGAGGAACGAGAAGCAGAGUUCAAAAACGCCCUCGAAGAGCAUCAAAAACAACUAAAGAGACUUAGGGAAGAAGAGGAUGGGGCCAUUUCAGGUUCAGAUUCGGAAAGUGACGAAGACAAUGAGUGGGAAGGGUUUGAAGAGCCACCUGCAGUGGAUUACGAAGCGGAAUACAUUGACGAAGACAAGUAUACUACGGUAACAGUAGAAGAGAUGGAUGCUUCUAAGGAGGGCUUGCUACGAGCACAGGAGCAUAGUUCGGACGAAGAGCAAGAGGGUGAAAAGGAGAAACCGACGUCCGAAGCGGAUUCCAAGCCAAAGCCGGUAGAAAAACCCAAGAAGGCAUCGGACAAACCCAAAAAGAAGAAGUUCCGGUACGAAAGCAAGGCGGAACGCCAGCUCACUCGCAAGAAAGAGCGUCUCUCAAACAGCAGGAAAGCAAAGGCACGGAGAGAACGGUAG